AUGCACGAGCGAGAAAUGCAGGAAACGCGGCAACGGGUUGAGGAGGAAGUGAAAGCUAAUUUUGAGCCACAAAUAGUGGAGUUGCAGAGCAAAAUUGCAACCAUGCGUAAGGAAGAACAAGACCUUCAGGCGCAGCUUGAUGCGCAGGGCGGUUCAAACGACCUUGUUCAGUCUGCUAUCGCUGCCGCUGUCAGCACUAUUUUGAAGGGCGUUGAGGAAAAGUUCUCGAAGGACGCUCUCAAAACGGAGGAUUGGAUCAAGACGGUGGAAGAACUGGUGCGGCACGAGGUCCGCUCUUCACUUGCGGUUACUGCGGAUAGCGAAGCUCAGUCCGAGCGCAACGAGCAGCAGAAAAACUUUGCCGAUAUCUUAGAGUUUUGGCGCCAAGCCGAGGAGGAGAUUCGGGGUCUCAUCCAGAAGAUGGACGAGGUUCUUUUGUUUGAUCUUCAGUCGGGGCUCCAAGAGGAUCUCUCUCGCCUCCAGAAAGAGGAGCUUAGUAUGGAGGAAGUCUAUAUCCAAUCCCGCGGGACUUGGGCGUCUCAGUACCAGGCUAUGCUGCAGGUCGAGGUCGACGCCAUCAUCCAACGACGAGAGACUGAGCUUGCCGAGUGCCGUAAACUGCGCGAUCAGAUCCAUGUCGAGCGUGUUGCGGAGAUCGAGCACAGACAUCAGCAGCGGAUCAGCAUGGAAGAUCGAUUGCACAAAGAGGAGAUGGAGCGGCUACGAGGUCACUUCGCGCAGGAAGAGCAAUUCAACGAAGAGCGCCAGCGCAUUGCAGUAGCAGCUCAACAGGAUAUCACAAAGGCCAUGGAGUCUUCUAAGAGCGUGGCGGUCUCCAUGGAGGCGGUACUGACCUCUUUGAAGGACUAUCGUUCGUGCGUGGACGAGGGCCGCGCCGCGUUAGAGUCCGAUCGCCACGAAGCUUUGGCAGAGCGCCAGAAAACGCUCGAGUCUGUUCGCGAUUUGGUAGCCUCUCUUCAAAGCACCAUUGACGCUGACUGCCGCAGUCUUAACGAAGCCUCGUCCAAGCUCCAGCUGUCGAAGGAGCAGAUGGAGGAGGAGAUGCGGUCGGAGGCAUUGUGGCUAACUCAACAGGAGGCAGCCUAUACGAAGAGUAAGGAGAAUUGGGAGCGGGAGCAUCGUCGGUGGAAGCAACUAGUGAAGGAUGAGCGACAUAACGUCGAGGAGCGCUUUUAUAAGGCCUUGGGUGCGUUGCGAGAUAGUGUCGCCCAGCUUAGUACUGAAGAACAUGAGAUUGAAGGGCAAUCGUCCGCCUUGAAGCGUGCGUUUUCCGAGAUCGAAUCCUCCGUUGCUAGGGAUAUUGCGUCUCUCCAAAAUAAACAACGAGAACUGCAGUCUCGGAAAGAGGUAAUGAGCGCCGCACUGUGCACCCUUGAGAUAAAAGGCGAGGAAAUAGUCAAGCAAUGGCGCAAUUUACAAGACGAACGCACGACUUUGGACUUCGAGUGGGAUGCCUUACGGGAGGAGGAGUCAAAACUUCAGCAGAUGGCUCAUUCAUUGGAUCUUGUUAACGUUCAAUGUGAUGCGACUCGUGCCCAAGCCACCUCUACCGCCGAGAACGGCCGUAUUCUGCAGCACCAUCUUUUGAUGAGGAAAGAUACUGUAGAACAUGGGUUGGCGCGCUCAUUUUCCUCAGAAUUCAAACAAAAAAGGCAUCCCACAUCGCCCGCCUCGUAUGCAGAUCCCUCUGGACACUUACAUCAGCCUCACCCUGCGCGUCCUUCGUCCAAGAAGGAUCGUCUUCCCCUAAGAACGUUCAAGGAACUUAUGCAAAAUCUUCAGAAUAUGGGCGAUUUUCCGGAAUUCUUACACCAUGCCACAUUCAACAACGUGAUUCCAAGCUUUGAGUCUACUGAUGCCAAGCGGAAGAAAAGGGAAAUCGCGGUGGUCCCACACAAAGCAAAUGAACCUUCGUUGUUAAAAGCACCUGAACGGCGCGAUACAGCCAAGUUCGUACCGAAGCACAACCCUACUACUUCAAAACAUUCCAGACAGAGCCCAAAUCGAUCUAAGAGCGCGACCACACAUCAGGAUUCAUUGUCUCCUAUAAGAGAAAUAUCGGUUGCUCCGUCAUCCCACGGAGGUUACUCUGUAGGGGAUACCUUUACCAAUCUUAUCAGUUUCUCAGAGGGCGAUACUACUUCACAUUCCUUCUAA